CCCUCUCUCACAAAGCGUGGGUGAAAGCAGAGGGAAGAAGAUGAGAGCAGAGCAGAGGUGGGAACUGUUGCUGAACUAACCGGGAAUGAGGGCGCAAGAAUGCCCCAUGAGACGCUGUGGAGGCUCCGCCACGACUUUCCGCGCAAGGAGAAGUGAUUAAGUGCGCCCAGAACUGUCCCCCCCCCCCCCCCCCCCGAUCUCAGCGUUCAGUUAUUUGCUUGCCUGAGAAAGUUUGUCAAGUUUGUCUCAGCAGGAGCUGGUCAUCAUCACCAUCAUCCAGCAGAAAUGAGACUGACCUUUUCUACAAGCUGGAUAUUCCGAGGCUGGAUAACGUGUGCGCUCGUCACCUUUUACGCACAGGAUGUGACCUCAAAGCCUGGCUCCCGCUCCCCCCGCGACCAUCAGAGGAUCAGCAAUACUGAUGUGAUCUCCAAACCCGUCAAGUGUGAUGAAAGUCAUUACAUUAAAGACUCCAGGUGCUGCAAGAAGUGUGGGCCAGGCUUACGUGUGCUCACCCACUGCACUGAUUUCCACCAGACGAAAUGUAUUAAAUGUAAUCGUGGCGAAUACCAACCCGGCUUGACUGAAGACGAUCGCUGUCUUCAGCAGAAGUUCUGCGACCAAAUUAAAGGAUUCAUGGAGCGGCCUGAGAAUCCAAUUGCAGAGGAACCGUGUCGCUGCCUCCCUCACCUGCAAUGCUACCCCAUCAACUGUGAGUUCUGUGAGAGGAUACCCACCUGCAGUGCUGGGUACGGACUCGAGGUCGAUCCUGAGUCCACCAAUGGAAGGAAGAUCUGUGUUGCGUGCAAGAAAGGCUUUUUCUCUGCCGACAACAACGGCGAACAAUGCAGACCAUGGACGAGCUGUAAGUCUGAGGGCAGGACUGAGACUCAUCCAGGCAGCGCUCAGGCUGAUGCAGUGUGUGGACCACAUGUGUCUGGCUCAGCUUCCUCGUGGGUCAUAGUUUCGGUUCUGUCAGUCAUCACUGUUCUGUGUCUCCUCAUCCUGCUCCUCUUCUGCUACAAGGACAAACUGAAAUUACUCUCUGUGAAUCUGCGAUCGUGUGUUCAGAAUCUGAAGAGGACAAGAAUACAGCAGGAGACCUUGGCCCCUCUUUACAACAGCGGAGGCCCCAAGUGUGCACCGUGUGAGACGACCAAGCUCAUCUGCCAAGCACCUCACAACCCAACAGACGACCCACCGUGCACGUUCCUCACAUCUGUACCUGAAGUCAAGGUCUCGCUGCCGUUUACAGCAGAUAGGACGGAGACAGAAGCAAAUAUGAGGGAGGCGGUGACAGAGGAUCAGAGCGAAGGCUCUGGAGAACCAGAAGAGGUGUCGGAAGAAGAGGAGGAGGAGGUUGUGAGUGUGUCUCCUCUUAUCGUAGGUUCCUGCGUGUGUGUGAUUUCCAUUCGUGAGCCUCUGGAGGUCGGGGAGAAUGAGGACUGCAGCCAGGCGGUCAGUCCUGGGACUCUAGCAAACUGCUCAUGUAGAGGUCUGGAUGGAGAGCGGGAAGGAGAUGGAGAGAAGAGUGAGAGUGAUGGACCUAAACAGAAGAUAGUUUUGUGCAAGAGUGAAACAGUCGCUGCAUCUUUUGUCUCUCUUUCUCCUCCACUCGUCCACACCUCAUCUGGAGUCCCUCCAUCCAGUCCACUUCCCGAACUCUGCCUGCCUCUGUCCCAGGCUCUGGUGCCACCGGAGUUCAAACCUCACGUGAUUGACAGGUCGCUUGUAAAACAGGAGGAAUUAUACAUACUGACGAGCACAAACUCAACAGAGACUAGUACAACGUCUGUGAUGUCCUCGGUCAGUCCCUUGAUGACCACCUCCUCCUCGUCUGUUGGAGAUCUCUACCUGGACAAGCCACCUGAGGCCUCUGGACCAGAGCGAGGCCAGGGACUUUGCUGGGAGGACAGUAGUGGAAACAAGCUUUCUUCUGGGGAUUCAGAACUUGACUGUUCACCCGAGAGCCUCCAUAGUCAGCUGGAUGAACCAACGCUUACCUCAGGUCAGGUGCUGGGGAACCACAACACCACCUUCAUCUCCAGCGGUCAGGUGAUGAACUUCAGCGGCGAUGUCAUUGUCGUCUACGUCAGCCAGACGUCCGUAGGCAGCGAAGGAACGGGGCCAGACGAUGCCUUCGGAAGCCCAGUCCAGGAAGAGGCCAGUGAGGCCGCUCCGGUUUUCCGGGGCAACCCGAGGUCACGAGGGGAUUCCACGUCCCACACCACAGUACAAGAUGAGACUCUGCCGGUCCAUGAGAUGAUGGAGGAGCGGCCGAUGGGGAAGUGAAGAGUGACCUGUGGCUGUAUUUUUUAUAUAUAAGUAUAUAUGUAUAUAUAUUGUAGCUCCCAAUAAAACCAGAAAACUUGUUUUUCAAAACACAAUUUGUCCAAACACACCAGCUUUUAAUGACUAAGAAGGAAGAUUGCGGUUGAUUUGAAUAAAAUCUGAUAAAUCUGAUCAGUCUGCUGACCAAGGAGGAUUUUUAACCCUAAUGUGAAAAUAUAAAUCCAUGUCCAUGUCAUUUUAUUAAAUUGUAAUCUUCAAUAAUUCGUCCCACUCCAGACUUCAGUCACUAAAAAUCACCUUGGGCAUCUCUACCAGGCCUUUUUUCACUUUUCAUCAGAAAGCUGCAGGCCUUUUUCAAAUGGAAACUCCCUUCAUUCCAGACGGUGAUGGGAAAUUUUGUUGGGAAUUGGAUGUGAAAUUAGAGUUCUGACUGGAAGAACAUCCUGUUUUUAUGCCUGUGUGGAAACUGUAGGUGGGCCUUGACACAAAAGACUUGGUACAUUUACUAUUUCCCACCUUUUUAAUAUUAAAUAGCCUGCACUGCAGUCGUCUGACUCCAGUGACUAACCAGUGUGAAAUUGACCUUUGAAGAGUUUGGAUAGUUUCCCUACCUAACUCAAUAUCCACCACGUAGAAUAUUAGACUGCCAUGAAAGUAAAUAUUUUAAGGGAGAAGUUUAAUUUAAUUUAAUGGCUAAAUUAUAAUCUGGCAGAAUCAGAUUAAAGGUUUUUUUUUUUGUUUUUUUUUUAAAAAGGGAGUGAUUUUUCCCUAUUUUUUUAUGUUUGCAGGAUCUAAUAAAAGCUAUUUUACAGUCAGUAGUACAGAGACACAUCCAAUUCUGGUACAACGCUUGUUUAUCCUGUUUUUUUUGUACUCUCAUCUUAUUAUUGCACCUCAGGUGCAGUUUGUGUCUUCAGAAAAAUGCUGUGCAUUUGAUAAGCUAUUUUAUUACUGGUUUGUUUUGUUUCAUUAUGUUUUCCUGUGCAAGCCUUGAUGAAGAAAAAAAAAUACAAUUUCAGCAGCCAGUUUCCUUAAAGUAGAUUGUUUAUGUGAUAUGUCAGAUUUGAAUGUGAUCGACGCUUAUGUACACUUCAAAAGAAAAACCAGCAUGAUAUAUUUUGUGAAAUAAGAAUGAAUAUUCCCUUUGUGCUUCCUCUCAUUCGAUUUGUGGAUGUGUUAGUUAGAGCCUCCUUUUCUAGGAAAGGGACCGUUUGAUUCCGAGCUCAUUUGAUGUAUGCAUCCUUACAGUAAUUAUGUACAUAUCAAUCAGACGUGUUGCAAUGAAUGACUGAAAGAAUAUUUUUUUGAUUGAAAUUAAAAUGUGUUUUGCAUCUAA